GGGCCGCCCGCUGGGGGGAGGGCGGUGGGGCGGCCCCGCUGCUCAGCGUCCGUGUGUGUGUGUGUGUGUGUUUGUAUGUGUGUAUAUGUGUGUGUAUGUGUUUGCCGCAGACCCCGAGCGUUCUUCUCACAGGUUCCAACGCAGAGUGAAGAUAGGUGCUUCUCUUGCAUCCCCGUCCUUGCCGUAAGCAAACUGCUGUGUCUUUAACCUGGAAACGUAGAGAACAUUGUGGGCACAAAGAGGUUUGCUGUGGUCAGCUUUCGUUGGCAGGCAGCCUUCCUUCUGCUGCUAGAAAGCUGUAGGAAAUGAUACUCCCGUCUGCUCCUGUGUGGUCCACAGUGCUUACAUGGGUGUGGGAAUGCGGGAUGUUGGACUGAUGAAGCGCUUACAUGACAACUGCUUACACUACGGAGAAAGCAAACUCCUUCCUCUCUGCUGUCUCUUCAGAUUUCAGUGAGUGCAGUUGGUAUCGCUGCGUUGCCUGGCCUAUGUGCAGCUGGUGUGAGCCCAGGAUGCUAACCAGAAUGCCGAGUGUUGUUGCCCAAGUGUUCCUUCUUCUAAGUGUAAUUCUUAUCAUUGCUAUUGCAGUGGUUCAGAUAAAUCAGCAAAAGAUUCUUUCCCCAGGCCUUAAGUAUGGAAUAGUCCUUGAUGCUGGAUCUUCGCGGACUACAGUCUAUGUCUAUGAAUGGCCAGCGGAAAAAGAAAAUGAUACAGGAGUAGUGAGCCAAACCUUCAAGUGUGAUGUGAAAGGUCCUGGUAUAUCCAGUUAUGAGCGUAACACAGGAGCCCUUGCAAAACCCCUUGAUGAGUGCCUGAAUAAAGUCAAGGAGAGAAUCCCAGUUCAUCUACAUAAGAGCACUUCAAUUUAUCUUGGGGCUACAGCUGGCAUGCGACUACUGAGGUUGCAAAAUGAAACAGCAGCCAACGAAGUCCUUGCAAGCAUUCAAAACUACUUCAGAGCACAACCUUUUCGAUUUAGGGGUGCGCAUAUCAUAACUGGGCCAGAGGAAGGGGUGUAUGGAUGGAUAACAGCCAACUAUUUAAUGGGCAAUUUCUUAGAGAAAAACCUGUGGAGGACAUGGGUCCAUCCAUACAGAAAAGAGACCACGGGUGCACUGGAUCUCGGAGGAGCUUCCACUCAAAUUUCUUUUAUCCCAGAGGACUCUCAGGAGAGCUUCAAUAACACCAUGCAAGUGAAGUUAUAUGGUUAUGACUACAGUGUCUACACUCACAGCUUCCAGUGUUACGGGAGAGAUGAAGCUGAGAAAAGGCUUUUAGCAUUGUUGCUCCAGAAAUCAAGCACCAAUUCCACUGUGGAUAAUCCAUGUUACCCUCAGAAUUACGAGACUGCAUUAACAGUGAAGUACUUCAGUGGCAGCCUUUGUACACAGUCUCUGAGACCAACAAACUACUACCCAAACCAAUCCAUAAUCUUCCGUGGAACAGGAGACCCAGGUCUGUGUCAGGAGAUGGUUUCAUUAUUGUUUAACUUCACUACUUGCAGAAACCAGGAGGACUGUCCAUUUAAUGGAAUCCAUCAACCAAAAGUUAAAGGGAAUUUUGUGGCUUUCUCAGGAUUCUACUAUACAAUUAAUGCUUUGAAUUUGUCUGGGCACUUUUCUCUAGCUGACUUCAAUUCAAGUAUGUGGUUUUUCUGUUCACAAACCUGGGCCCAGGUAAGUGUGCCUUUGAAAAUGGACUGUUUGAGUACUCAAAACUUUUCAGGUCUAUAUCAAUAUUAACAUUUGUUUUCCCACCAUGCUUCAAAUCAGAGGCAUUACUUUCAGAGCAACCCUUAUACUUCGUGUAAAUUUAUUCAUUCCAGGGAAUUGGAGAUUGCCACGAAGGAAGCAUUUAGAAGGCUGAUAAAACAGGCCAGUUUAAUCUUUAAGACAAGACUUAGCUAGGUAAUUAUUGACAACACACUUCGAUCUCACACACUGUCAGCAGUAUCAUGAUAUAUUCAAAGCAUUUAACAGCAAACAGUUGUAUUCUACAUUUAUCAGCAAGUGUACAGUCCAGCAGAGCUGAUGCAGUAUAGCCAUAAUUUGACUUAAAUGGGAGCUAACUUUGGCUGUGAAGAACUUGUACUGGUGGAAGGCAAAUAGAUUUUUCACUAUCUCUACAGAGUUCAUAUGAGGAAAAGAUAAAAAACUGUUAAAAUUACUAAAGCAAAUUGGCCCUAACUGGCAUACUAUGACCUUUUCAUCCAGGAGUUUUUCCAGUUUACUUAAUCUGUCUUGGAUGUUUUGAGUAUUCUGUGAUACACUGAUCCUGUUCUUCUUGUAACUAAUGGGACUUGGAACUGGGAGUUCAAAGCAGUUUGCUUGGUUCUUUGAAUUCCAGCUGAUUCUCAUCUUCAAAAUGAGCAUCUUGGGUCAAAAUUGACAUCCAGAGACCAGUCCUGUGAUAAAACAUACUGUAUAACCUGCAAGCAUCUUUAUCUGAUCGAGGUUUAACUGUGUUUUUCUAAUCCUGUAAUAUUCCUCAUGCUCUGUUCUGAUCUCAGCUAUUUGUGUGAACAUAGGAUAAACGGAUGGACCUGUAUCAAAUUGAAGGAAAGUACCUCAGAUUACCAAACUAUCUCACUGUUUUGCAUUCAGUUUGCUGCAUUUCCUACUGUAAUUUCCCAUCAUCAUAGCUUGAAAGCUGACUGCCACACACAAGGUGCACUUGGUAAUCCUCUUAAAGAGAUCUGUGGCUGUGGGUUACUGCUACAGUUUUAAGCCCACCAUAAAGAUGACGUGGAAAAUGUAGGAACCAUAACAUCCUUGAUCUUUUAUGUGCAGUUUUAUGUUUAUUUUGUUUAUUUUUAACCAUGUAAGCUGUCUCAAUGUCAGGGUGUUUUCACUCUAAAUCUCUUUCUAGUUGUCCACAAUUUUACUUGCUUUUUCUAACGCAUUUUAAUUAGAAGCCAAAGUAUUCUGAUUGGUUUGCUUUCAGGUCUCUUGUUUUUUUGGUUUUCUUUUUGGUAAAUGAAUUCA